ACAUGGAACGUUUUUUUUAAAGAAAUCUUCAACAAGUUCGGAGCAGAAACCCGAAGCGUUGUGCAUUCCACCCCCCCCCCUCAAAAAACAAAGCAAGACUAUGACAACAAAUAUGAUAAAAAUAAACGCGUAAGAACUUUUCAAGAGACUUGGUUCAAAGAUUUUCCGUGGUUGCGUGUUGAUGACAAUGAAAUUGCUACGUGUAAAAUAUGUAAACAGUUCCCCUUGUUGGCCGAUACUAAGUGUGGACUUUACACUGGAAUGACUGUUAGUCGUAAGGACACAUUGUCUGCCCAUGAAAGAAGUGCCAAACACACUUCUUGUCAAUUAAAAGGUGAUCGAGAAAAAUUGAAAUUAAGUAACAUUAAGUACGUGGGUGCUCUUGACAAAACAAUUCACAAGUUUAAUGAAGGUCAGACUGACAGGUUUAAACUUUUAUUGAAUACAGCUUAUGCAGUUGCAAAGCAUCGUAAGCCAUUUACUGACUACGAAAUGUUAUGUGAAGUACAAAAGAAAAAUGGCAUUGAUCUGGGAAAUGACCACAUCAACAGAAAGGCCUGUACUGACUUUGUGCAUUCAAUUUCACAAACAUUGCAUGCUGAGUUGACAGCAAAAAUGAAAGAAUCCAGAUUCUAUGCUGUGCUAUCAGACUCAAGUACAGAUUCAGCCAUCGUUGGCCAGGAGUGUAUUCUGGUUCGAUUUGUGGAUCCCGAGUCCAAGGAACCCAUUACCCAUAUGGCCAGUAUUGAACCACUUGAAACACCAGAUGCAGUAGGGGUCUUCUCAUCUAUUAAGCAAGGGCUUCAGAAAAUAAACAUUGAUUUGGACAACACUGAAGCUAACAGUCUACAUGCACUCAUAUGUGUCAACAUGGACGGUGCAAGUGUGAACUUCGGGGCAAAAAAUGGUGUGGCUCGAAAAUUAUCUGAUUGUGUAUCCCACCCAACUUGGAACUUGGAGUUUUAGAUGCCACUAAAAAGCUCCCAUAUCUUGAUCAUUUUGAACAAACUAUCAAGCGGAUCUACAAGUUUUACUCUUUUAGUCCGAAACGGCGCUCACAUCUCCAGUCUAUAGGUGAAAUUCUAGACCAAGAUCUGAUAAUGUAUUCAGAUAUAAAGUCUAUUAGAUGGGUUUCAAGCAAGGAACGGGCUGUAAAGGCCGUUAUAAGGGACUAUGAAGCCAGUGUUACUCACCUGGAGCAAGUGCUGGAGACAUCGAAGAAAACUGAUGAAAAGGCACAGGCCAAAAAAAUACUAAGUGACAUCACUCAGGUCAAGUUUGUCAAAUACCUUCAUUUGAUGGUGGACAUUCUGAAUCAUGAAACAGCUGUCAGUUGUCUCUUUCAGGCCUCCGACCAGCUUAUCUACGAAGUGCAAGAAUCAGUCGAUGCUUUGUACAUGAAGCUUCAUGCCAUGAGUUUAAGUCCUGGUGAGUGUCUUCAAACUUUCUAUGACAUGUUUGAUGCAGACACACGACUGUAUAAGGGUGUGAAGCUAAAUGGCCCUCUGCCAAAGAGCUUUGAUCAAGACAAGGAAGUAAUAUAUUUUAUCAAGAAUAUCUCGCAGGAUGUUCUAAACAGGUUCAGUAACCUGUCUGAUGCUCCUAUUGUCUACUUCAAAGCUUUUGAUCACAGGAUUUGGCCUACGUCACUUCAGGAUCUGUCUGUCUAUGGUAAUGAAGCCAUUAAUUCCUUGUGUGAGUACUAUAAGGACUUGCUAACCACUGAAGACCAAGCCAAAAUUCCUGAGGAGUGGCAGCAGUUCAAAGUGCGAAUGUCUGCAAUGAAGGGCAUGCCCUCACAAGCUGCCCUGUCUCAAAUUUUGAAGCUAGAUGAGAAACUGUUUGUUCAUAUCAGCAAGCUUGUGGAGUUGCUUCUUACAAUUUCACCUUCAACUGCAGCCUGUGAGAGGUCGUUUUCCUCCAUGAAAUUGAUUAAAACCCCCACCAGAUCAAAGCUAAGCCAAGACAAUCUACAUCAUCAGAUGCGGAUAGUGCUGUUAGGGCCCAGUCUGCAGGACUUUGAUGCUUCCGAUAGUGUUCUGCAUUGGUUGAACAACAGCAAAGGUGGAAGGCACGUAGUUCACAAGCCCAGGGCUGCUCAGCCUACCAGUAGCGAUGCAGAGCCUCAGUCUGAUGUCCACAUAUUGGACUAAUUUAAUUUAAUUUACUUAAGUGUAACACAUGUUUAAAUAACACAAUAU